GACACACCGUAAAAAAUCGUAUUUUCACUUCGCAUCAUUCGCAGUCGGCCGGUCGGACGAGCGAUGCGACACGAUCGGCUAUAAAAUAACCUCAUAACCUCGAAAUUAUUUUAUUUUUGCGCGACGGAUAACCUUACUAGAUUUUGGGAACGCGACAAUUUUUUUUGGUGCGUAUGAGUGAGUGAUACGUCAAUAUUUGGUGAUUUGUUUGACAGCGACGACCGUGUGCUGAGAUUAUGUUAAGUAAUGGAAUCACAAACGGAACCCGAUAAACUUCACGUAAUAAUUGGAUCCCACGAUGAAAAACCUAAAAGAAGGAGACUUAGGGUGGGAGAUCCAGACUUUGUCCCGCCCGACGGUGGAUGGGGUUGGUUGAUAGUAUUCGCUUGCGGAUUUAGUAAUUUAAGUACGUUUCCAAUGUUUCAACAAUUCGGCCUGGUGUUUAGGUCGAAAUUUGAGGAGUUGGCGAUAACUCCGACGCAAACUACGACUGUGAUAAAUAUGAACUCGGCAUUUAAUGCCUCUAUGGGUUUGAUAAAUGGACCGCUCUUUAGGAAAUUUACUUAUAGACAAGUGGCCAUGUUUGGCUCGCUUUUGGUCGGCAUAUCGUUGUUCCUCUGCCGAUUUUGCGACACGUUCUGGGGCUACAUGAUCCUCUAUUCGGCAUUUUACGGUUCUGGAAUCGGUAUCACGCAAUCUUCCAACGCGUUAGCGCUGAAUACGUAUUUCAAAGACAGAAGACGUAUCGCCACAGGCCUGUCUUGGUCUACCACAGCUCUCGGUCCGAUAGUUUGGCCGUACAUUAUCGUGGCACUGAACGAUUACUACGGUAUGGAAGGAACGGUGCUGAUUUUUGCAGGUUUCGCAUUACAUGCGUUUAUGUGUUCCUUACUGUUACAACCGGUCGAAUGGCACACCAAAUUUCGCGACAUGAAUCCGGAAUCUGCCGCCCUAUUGGAAAACGGUGGUGCCGCGAAACACGAAUCUGGUUGGGCUAAAGUCAGGAGAAAAGUGAGCCUGAUCUCGAGCCAGUAUUUACACAACGAAGACGACCCUAUUCACACGGGAUACGAAAUAACGGACCCCGGUACACCGAUGAUGAUAAAGUGCAACGACGGAUGGUAUUCCAGGUCCCACUUGGGCUCUAGGAUGUCGCUCGCGUCUACUAACAAAAGUAAUCGCAAUUCGUUGGGUACCAGCAUACCCAUGUCGACUAGGCCGUCGUUUGUUAAUUUAACGGAGAGCAAAAAGGGGUCGCAGGGGUCCAGCAGACCUAUAUCCAACCGUCCGUCGUACACAAAUUUACCGGAAUACCCUGGUAGAGAACGAUCGAGUUCGACGGCGAAAAGAAAAAUAUCACAAACGAAACCAACCAUUACGGAAGAGGCGGAGUCGGACUUGAAAAACGAAGAAAACCAUCACACGCCGCAGCAUGAAAAGGAGGUCCUGAAGGAAGCCGUUAAAAUCCUAAAGGAGUACAAAGAACACCACCAGCAAGAGCGCGAAGAGGUAGAAGAGAAACAAGAGGAAAAAGAAGAGGCACCGCCUGAAAAGGAGAAGCUGAGCAUCUGGAGAAAAAUAACCAUUUUUUUCGACUUUGACCUGUUCAAAGAUCCGAUAUAUGUCAACUUGAUGCUGGGCCUGACGAUCGCGAACUUUGCGGAACUGAAUUUUUCGAUUUUAACGCCGAUGGUGCUCAAGGAAUUUAAUUUCGCCGAAUAUGAAACGGCCACGUUUAUGUCGUUGCUAGGCGCGACCGACAUUGUUGUUCGGUUUUUUAUUCCUUUCAUUGCGGAUAAGAUCGGUUGGGAGAACAAGACUUUUUUCCUUAUUGGUGUUAUAUGGAUGGCGCUAGGAAGAAUAAUACUAGUACAUACACAAACAUACUAUUGGAGUUUGCUGGUGGCCAUAAUUAUUGGUGCUGGAAAGGGUCUGAGAACAAUUUUCAUUGCCCUCGUAAUACCCUCAUAUGUUCCAUUAGAAAAAUUACCAGCCGCGUCAGGCUUGCAGCUAGCAACCAGUGGUCUGUUAUUUAUACUGCUCGGCCCAGUUGUAGGGUGGAUUCGCGAAGCUGUUAAUAAUUAUGUGAUAACAUUACAUUUGCUGAAUAUUUGUACUUAUGCGACGGCUAUAGCGUGGAUCGCGGAAGACUUUUGUUCCCGCAAGAAAAAGAGUUUAGCUGAAGCGCACAUCAAACCAAAACCGACCAAAUCAUUUAAAAAAUAGAGAUAUUUAAUGUAAUAUAUUAUAAACUAGCAAAUAAUAUAACAAGGUUUUUAAUUAUUUU